AUGUUCCUUCUUCUGGCGCUUUUCACUGAACUUGGCUGGCUGUACGCAGGCGGCGAAUUUCAUGAAACUUUUCUGCAGACUACAGUUCCUGAGAAGAUUUCAUCAUUAGACACAAAAAGAGAUUCAGAAAAUAAUGUUGCUUAUAUUAUUACAAUAAAGGGAAAACCUUAUUUUAUCCAUAUCAAAAAGCAAUCAUUUUUAUCUCCAACUUCCGUUGUUUAUUAUUAUGACAAAUAUGACAUUCAACAUCCUAAGUCCUUAUUAGUUGAGAUGGAUUGCAAUUAUAAUGGAUAUGUUGCGGGUUUUCCAAAUUCUCUUGUGACACUCAACAUUUGUUCAGGACUCAGGGGAACAGUGCAGUUCAAAAACAUCUCAUAUGGAAUUGAACCACUGGAAGCUGUAUCAGGAUUUGUGCACAUGAUUUAUGAAGAAAAAAGUGAUAACACUAUUGUCCCUCUGUUAGGAGACAAGGGCACUUCUGCCUGGUUUAAUGAUUUUGCAUAUCAAGUGAGAAAAAGCUCAGAAAGAAGUGAAUUUACCAAGUUAUUCCCUCGGUAUCUUGAAAUGCAUAUUAUUGUGGAUAAAAAUCUGUUUGAUUACAUGGGCUCUGAUAUAAAGGCUGUAACACAGAAGGUUAUUCAGAUAAUUGGUCUUGUUAACACUAUGCUUACCCAGUUAAAGCUGACUGUUGUAAUAUCUUCCAUUGAAAUAUGGUCACAUAAAAAUAAAUUUUCUACUUUGGGGGAUUUUGAUAAUAUAUUAUAUCAGCUUUUAGAAUGGAAUUACAAAGAUCUUAACAUGAAGCAAUAUAACAUUGCAUACUUAUUUGCUUUCAGAGAACACCCUACCUUUAUAGGAAGCACAUAUCCUAGAGAAAUAUGUAAUAAGAAAUAUGCUGUUGGAGUUGCUCUGUACAUAGAUGGUUUAUCCUUGGAGUCAUAUGCUGUUAUAAUUGUGCAGUUGCUUGGCCUUAAUUUGGGAUUAACUUAUGACAAUACUGACAUCUGCUAUUGCUCAGGAGAUGUUUGUACAAUGACACCAAAAGCAGUGUAUUCUAGGGGUAUAAAGGAUUUUAGCACCUGUAGCUUGGAUGACUUUAAAUAUUUUGUUUCACGCAAUGGCCUUUCUUGUCUUCAGAACAACCCUUUUGCUAAGCCAGUUUAUAGAGAAGAACAAAAGGCAGCUUGUGGCAAUGGAGUGUUGGAAACUAAUGAAGAAUGUGAUUGUGGCACUAAACAAAAUUGUACACAUAAAUUAUGCUGUGAUGCUUCGGAAUGUAAACUGAAAGGAAGUGCAAUCUGUGGUUCUGGAAAAUGCUGCACAGAAGAAUGCAAGUUGAAACCAGUUAAUACAGUUUGUAGGCAAUCAGUUGAUGAACAAUGUGAUUUUACUGACUAUUGCAAUGGGUCUCAUCCAUUAUGUGUGCCUGACACUUAUGUACGUGAUGGAGAAACUUGUGAUUCAGGUGAAAGCUUCUGUUAUGGGGGAGUCUGUCGGAGUUUUGAUAAACAAUGUGAAACUUUAAUUGGAAAAGGUAAUUGA